AGGCUGCCUGUCAAUGCCAUAGCAACCAAAGCAGACAUCAACCAUCAACAUGGCCAAAGCAACGACUGUGAAAGAAGCACUGGCCAAAUGGGAGGAGAAGUCAGGGGAGAAAGUGAGUGAGUCUAAAGCCAUAAAACUGUACGGUCAGGUUCCUCCUAUAGAGAAGAUGGACGCCUCUCUCUCCACACUCACCAACUGCGAGAAGCUGUCUCUGUCCUCAAACUGCAUUGAAAAAAUAACCAAUCUCAAUGGCCUGAAGAACUUGAGGAUAUUAUCAUUAGGAAGAAAUAAUAUAAAGGGCCUGAAUGGGCUGGAGGCGGUAGGGGACACGUUAGAAGAGUUGUGGAUCUCCUAUAACUUGAUAGAGAAACUGAAGGGAAUUCAAUUCAUGAAGAACCUCAGAGUCCUGUACAUGUCCAACAACCUGGUCAAAGAGUGGGGAGAGUUUGUGAGGCUAGCUGACCUGCCGUGCCUGGCAGACCUGGUGUUUGUUGGGAAUCCUCUGGAGGAGAAGCACUCAGAUGAAGGAACCUGGAUGGAUGAAGCCUGUAAAAGACUGCCUAAUCUGAAGAAACUAGAUGGAACUCCGGUCAUUAAACAGGAAGAGGAUGAGGGAGAUGGAGAGAGCUGAGGAGAGUGACCAUCUGCAAAACUACAAUCCCCUCCUACUGAGAGUCUUCCCUUUUUUAAGUUUUGUAAGGUUUGUCAUUGGACUUUUCCUUAUAUAAAAUGAUUUCUACAGCAGCACAGACUUUUUUAUAGAUGAACAAACACAUCAUAACCAAUACACAAAGAGAUGUGUUCGUUUUAGAAUUAAAAAAGUCUGUUAAAAUGUAAAUACUCCAGGCCUUGUGGGCUCAGGACAACAAAAAAAAAAGGUUUUGAUGAGACCUUAAACUGUAAGGGAUAUACUUGAUUAAUACAUUUCCUUGAUUUUUUUACCGACAAAAUAUGAAUGAUAGUAACACUAAUACUAGUUGUUCUGGUUAACCCUUUGAUACCUGAGCAAAUUGGCUUGAUUUCUCUACAAAA